AACACUUUCUCAGUGCGUGUGAAAUUCAAGAUGGCGGCGUUCCGGCGUCCAAGAAAAAGUAAAUGGGAUGUACCCUCUGCCGAGGGAGAGGGUAGUAAUGGAAAUGGAAACAUGUCAGCUACUGAUGCUGCAAAAGAGAGGGCUGCAAAAUUGAAUGCAAUGUUGGCCGCUCAAGGGAAGCUUGCCAAAAGCAAUCCACCUCCAGUUGUGGGCCGUCCAUCACCAGCAGCAAAAGUGACUCCCCCUCCAUCAGUAACUGUUAACAAUGGUGCCACUAGUUUUAGUCAAGAUCUUAUUACUGCUGAAGUGGAGAUAAAUGAUUCUGCAGCCCGCACUCUCCUCUGUAAAGGCACAACACAAGAUGAGAUCAAUCGUUACAGUGGAGCUGCUGUCUCCACCAGAGGAAAGUUUAUGUCUGAAAAUGAAAAGAGGGAGGCAGAAGGAACAGGAGUAAAACCACUGUACCUAUGUGUUCAGGGACUCACACAAGAAAAAGUUGAUUUGGCUGUGAAACGGAUUCGAGAGAUAAUGGCUGGUGCAGACGUCAAUGUUCUCCCACCUUCUCAGCCUCAGAAGAUGCCUGUGACAUCACCUGCAGCCACACCUGCUUUCAACCAACCUUCACCAAUGUUUGACAGACAGCCAUUACCUCCCGGGAUGCACUAUGUUCAAGACAAAGUAUUUGUUGGUCUGGAUAAUUCUUUACCUGAGUUUAAUGUUAAAGAGAAGUUACAAGGACCAGGGGGGUCAUAUUUUCAGCAUAUCACUAUGCAAACAGGAGCAAAGGUUCAACUUCGUGGUCGGGGAUCAGGCUAUAUUGAACCUACAUCUGGAAAAGAAGCAUUUGAAGCACUUUACAUCUAUAUAAGUCAUGGUAGAGUUGAUGGUUUAACAGCUGCAAAGACAUUAGUGGAAAAUCUCAUACAAACAGUUCAUACAGAAUACAAAGCAUAUGAGCAAACAAGAAGAUCACAUUAUGGGUAUUCACCAUACAUGAAUGCUGGAAACCAAAGCAAUAUUGGUCAGACACCUUCAGGAUAUCAGCCUGGGCCAUACGGAUAUCCAAGACCACCACAACCUCCAGCUAAUGGCUACCCACAAUCUGUCCAGCCUCCCCCAGCAUCAGGAUACCUGUACAGUAAUCCUUAUCAUGUUCCACCAAUGCAGCCUCCACCCUCAACAAUGCACCAUGGUGCUCCACCUCCUGGCCCUCCUCGAUAUGGGCCCCCUCCAACCCCAGUAUCUGGUUAUGGCAAUCGUGGACCACCCAAUAACUUACCCCCGAGGGGACCUGCACCAUAUCCUGGCUUUCCUCCUGUCCCUCCUCCCCUUGGAGCCCCUCCAGUUGGAUCAUUACCAUAUGGGCCUCAGCCAGAGGCCCCUUUUCAGCACCCAACUCAGGAUCCUGUUCAGCUUCCUUCAAGAGAAAAUGAAUAUCAACCUGGAGAACCAACUUCAUCAUCUGAAGGAGACCGAGAGAAAUAUCAAAGAGAAGCAGUACAGCCCCCUGAUCCACCCAAGAGAAAGUUCAAAGAGAAGAUACCAAUUAAAGGUUCUUCAGCUCAAGAUCAGAGUUCAACAAGUGGCCCAAGACAUCAGGACUCCUCCAUCUUAAAUCUAGGUGAAGCUGCCCCUGUUGACGGCAAAAAACAAUCUUCGGAGCUCAUGCCUCCCCCUCCGGUCAUGCCUGUCAUAAAGAAAAAGCCUAAAGAGAACGAGUUUGCUGUUCCACUGCCUCUUAAAGAUGUUUUGCCUGCUUCUGCAACCUCUUCGACCCGUAGUAGACCAGCAGGCAAACGAGAGGCUCCAUCCUUGCCUUUGCCCCAAGCUGAUGUAAAAAAGUCGAAGACAGAGGAGGACGUGUCUGCCCAGGCUUCAGGAAUAGCUUCGCUUGUAGCUUACGGUGACGAUGACUCUUCAGAUGAAGAAGGAGGAAGUCUUUCCCCAGACGACAACCCAAAUGAUGGCACGCAGAGCAAGGAUGUCAGGAGAAAUCGGCAAGGGACUACCAGGCUGCCAUUUUGGGCCGUCAGAAAGUAGUUUUGUGGUGAAUGUAAGGGGUGGCGAGGGUCGGGUGAGGAAAAGGGGUUGGUUGGGGAAUUGUGUUUUGAAACGCUGUUCCAAAUUGUUUUUUACUUAGGCAACAUUUUUUCGCAAUUUUUGUCGUGAAGGAGCGAAGUCUCAUCAAGACUAUAACUUUGUCUUUCAUCUUUACAACGCUGCCACUGUCGAGGAUUCUUCUCCGGGGAUACUACUAGC